AUGAACACAGAACUACAUUUGGUCCGUUUUCUGGCUCUAGCUUUAGCAUUUUGUAAAUUAUUUCUCCGAGUGGCUGUAGCCGAAGGAGAAAUUAGCGAAGAAGAUAAAAUUAUCAAAGAUUGUAAUGGAAUUCUUUAUCGGCUGAUGGUUGAUUCCGGAGAACCGCCAUUUCCUGAUACCGCUUGCGAUGUGAAACAGGUAAGAACUGCCGGCGUCACACAGACAGGAUAAAUCAGUCCUUAGUUUCAGACUUUCAAUCAUCAAGGACUUAUUUAUUAAGAAGUGUGAGAACCUCCUUGCUUGUUGGAUCAGUUCGGUCAUUGAUACAAAAUUAUGUUGAUUUCAAAACAAUAAUAAUUAUGUUUUGGCUGCUAAAAACAGAGAAAGAUUAUUAUCAAAGAAAUCCAUGACAAUGCUAGAAGGCCUUCGUUAGGCAUCAGUCAAUUCCACCUGCGCCCAGCCCUCGCCUUCCCCCCCUGCCCCCGGGCUGACCCCUGGGUAUUGGCAUUUUUUUUGCCUUGGAUCGCAAAUCCCCCGUGGUGAGGACGAAAAAAGAGGGCAAAUGCCCCGUCCUCCGUCAACACUGCAACAUUUGUCAUUGAUCUCACAAUCGAAUGGGGGGGGGGGGGGGGGGGAAUUUUUUUUUCUCAUUUUCCUUUUUCUUUUGAAUUGGCGCGGGGUUUUAACGGGCGCCCGGGGAAAGAUCGGAAGGGGGUCGGGGGGGGAAAGGGGGGAGUUCUGGGGGGCGCCCGUCCCUUUAAAAAAAAAAAAAACAGGGCAAUCGGACGGAGCGCAGCGAGGUGAAAGGAUCACGGGAAUGAUCCUGCCCCCCGGCCGCCCCCUGGGUAUUGGCCUUUUUUUUUCCCUGGACCCCAAAACCCCCCGGGUGAGGAAAAAAAAAAAGGGCAAAAGCCCCCGCCCCCCGCAAACCCGGAAAAUUUUUUCAUGAUCCCCCAAUCGAAAGGGGGGGGGGGGGGAUGGUGCAAUUUUUUGUCUCAGUUUACGUCUUCCUUUGUAAUAGCGCUAGGAUUCUAACGGCGCGCUAGGAUUCUAACGAUUCAAACGUCGACAUUCACCAGUUUAUGGUUUUAGUAUUGAUAUAAAAUUAUUGACAUUAAAUUAAUAGAGCGCUGUAAAGUUAUAUGUUAUGAAUAGUUUUAUAAAUAUGAAAGGAUGUUCCUCAAAAUAAUAUGAAUAGAAAUUUGAUUCAAUAACCAAAAAACGUUGAUUCCCAUCGAUAGCUCCAAUUUCGUUAUGUAAUUUUGGCUUGAUAAGCAAUGAAGAAAUGCAUGUAUAAAACUUUACAACCCUCUUCAAUUUAUUCCUGUCCUUGACAGAUGAGCCAAUCUGCUUUUUUUCCAGUAAAGCCCUCUGUGUAUUUAUAUUCUGAUAGGAAACUGCGUGCGUGUCAAAAGCUCGGGAAUGGCCCCGGGGUUGGCAAAUGCCCGGCCCCCGGGCAGUGCAAAAUUUGCAAAUGCCCCACCCCCGGGACUUACAAGGCCGGCAAAUGUCCCGCAGUAGCCAGGGGGGGGGAGGGGGGCGCUGGGCGCAGCUGUAAUUGACUGAUGCAUAAGCACCUCGUGUUAGAAAUGUAAGACGAAACCGGACAGCAGUAGAAGAGACGGAGAUGCCCGUCGGAAAAUUUACAUUAAACCCCAAAAGGAGACAGCGGCAGGCUUAUUUGACCCCCGUAAGGUGACUAUGGCCUUAUUCGGAUAAUGAAAGGUGACCAUGCAUAGUAUACUUAAACAGACAACCAAAUAUAUAUUAGCUAUAUAUAUAGUUAUUUUAAUUGCCGGGCUUAAGAUAUUAUCAUCGCCGAAUGUUAUAUUUGAUACCAAAUGAAUAUGAGGAAAUAUCGGCCUUUCCUUCUAAACACCACUAAAUGACACCAACAACUGCAGUUUACACUUUAAUGAGAAGAGAAGGAUACACGUCUCCUUCUAAUGGAAGUUCCUCCCCGGGGUCAACAAACAAUAUGUGGAAAACAGCACCCACCCUUUCUACAUAUCGAUCAAUCAGUCUCCUUCCUGCACUAACUGCAAAGCUAACAGAGCCGUUUUCCAAAGUACCUCUAGAUCUCUGAUCUAGAACUGCGUUAAAAAGGAAAGAGUCUCUUAUCUUCGUUGUUGUGCUGUUGUCAUCAUCCGGUUUAGACUCGCACCGUUUUCACAACACCUUCUUCUAAGUACAUACAAUUUUAUUACUGGUAGGCAUCUAACAAAACGUUUUCAAAAGUUUGUUCACAAAGUUCUUACGAACAUUUUUCUUUUACAGAAAGUAAUAGACUGCUUUGAAGAAAGACAAGGGUCAGGAAUCCUUUUGGAUAAAGAUCGGUUUCUCUUACUCCAGUCUUCUAUAGUAGAUAAAGCGUUAAUGUGUCCUAACAGCAACUUCGAGCAACUUGAACAGAGUAUCCAAAAUUCUGGUAAGUUCAACUUCUUGUUCUUUCUUGUCAGAAAACGUGUUGCAUCUAUCUCGGCCCGUCGAAGAGGGAGACAUGUCUGAUCGAUCGUCUUCAUGGCUUAUGGAGUUUUCCUCGACUUUUUCGUUCUUUUCUGAUCGAACCUAAUCGUAUAUGUUAGUCAGUAUUGAAAAGACAAAAUCAUUUGAAAAUAAAAAUAUUUCUUAGUAUCUUUUUUUCAUCAUGCGUUGUGUAUACACUGUGUAUAUGAGGCCAAAUAAUAACAUGAAAGAAAAAGUAUUUUAAAGACGUAUGCUUGCUUUUGGCAAGUUUAUUUUGUUACAAGGAGCGGUAGAACUCGUAACUUUUUUAACGUUCUUUUAGUCUUAGUCUGCAAAAGUUUGUUUUGAGGUUUGCGCUGUGUGGUUAGAGAGAUUUUAGAGAGAUCAAGAUUCACGUUUACCGCAAACGGCAAACGUCAGACUCAAGUUGACAAUUUAUCAGAAUAGAAAAAAAGGUAGAUAAAAACAGUCCCGAACGAUUCCUGUGGCUAAAACUGGCAUAAAACUACUUGUUUCAAAAUGGCUGUCAUGUACCAUGUUUAAAAAAAACGCUGUCCCCGGUCCUUUUUUUGUUUACUAUUAAGCACUCUCACCUUUUCUUAAAUUUUAACACUAGCACACGCACAUUUUGCACAUCUGCUGUGAUGGGUUAUGCCUUUUGGGAUAAUACGAAAUUAGAAUUAGACUUCGGUUUUGUCAUUAUGGAAAGUAGACUGGGUCCAAAACUAUCCCAUAGUGCAUUUCGACAAAGUACCCUCCUUAGGCUAGUCUCCUGCGUAACCUCUCUGAAUGGCCAAUACGGACCGAUUUCCGACUCACUGCUCAGUCCGCGAGAUUGCUAAAUUGUAUCUUUGUUCCCAAACGUCAAGUAUACUCUCAUAUAUCCUGAAGUCACAACUGAAAUUCGAUGGAGGAGUUUUCCUAUUUCAAUUUAACGAAAUCAUCUUAACAUCUUUCCAUCAAAAAGAUCGAGCAUUUUUUUUUAAUAAAACAAGUUGUAUAUUUGUAACGUUCUUAUUGCCUUAUAGCUACGGUCCAACAGUUGCUUCUCCAGCAUCCAAAAAGUAAGUUUUUUAUAGUAAACGAUUUCUUAGUCUUUCUCUUUUGUGCCUUCACUGACUUUGCUGCACCUUGCGAAUGUAAGAAAGGAGAAGUCGCUAUGUCACGUUGCCUAGGUAGCAAAUUUCUGGAUCUCUACAAACCGUUGACAUGUAUGACUUUCCUAUGCAUGACUGCACUCAGGAACAGAACGGCAGCACAUACUUUAAUUUACUUACGUCGCUUGACAAUAAAAAUGGUCGUCUCUGUCAAUAAAGAUUUUUGAGAUCCAGAAAAUUUGCAACUAUGGUAACGUGACGUCACGCAUCUCCUCUCUAUAAAAAGAGAUGGGCAUGGUUGCAAUGAGCCUGGGAUUAAGAGAGUCCAGAAAUACUUUGCUGAUAAGAACGUAUGGCCCUGAAUGAAGUAAAGCUUGGUUCUUGUACAGGCCCAGCUAGCUUGCCAUGCAGCAUAAUGACUGGCCUUCUGGAAACAGUUUAUUUGUUUAAUUCCCGCUUCAGUUGCCAAUAUUUGAGCCUCGAGAGAAAAAAUAUAUAUCCAGUUUUUCAGUUCUCAGGAACCACGAAAAAAAAUUCCUACGUGUACAAAUUUCAGGAAGUAAAUCUCGGGGAGCGGUUAACAUUUGCGGACCAAAGAAAUGGCCCAUCCCCUUAGAGCGAACGAAAUGACCGAUCCGGGUUUCUCCCCUAGAUCCCAAAUUGAGGUUUUAUAUGUUAUCUUCUUCCAGUUACCAUACCCUUAAUGGGUCCUGAAGACUGCGCUAAGAUGAUACACUUGAAAUGUGAGAAGAAACUCUUCGACCAAAUGGUAGUGGACCAUUUGCCAUGGCCUAAGACAACCAAGUGGAGGCAGUGUUAUGACGAAUAUAUGAAACAAACACAAUGUGCAUCGACAAUACUGGAGAAGUACUCCAAUUUGCAAAAGUACUUUGGAGAGAAUUUGAGACAAUGGGAAUAUACUUCAGGACUUUUUGGUAUUUUUAUGAAUGACCAUCAUGAAUCGACAUUAAAACUUAUUGUUGGCAGAUAG